AUGAUGGAUUCCGAUGCUUCGUCGGACGAGGAGUAUGGACCGACGGAGCUUGACCAAAUGAUUCAAGAUGAGUUGUUCGAUUCGUCGAAUUCAGACGAAGAAGUGGACACGAUCAUGCUCAUGAGCAUGCAAGGGGAAAUGGACUGGCAAGUGGAGUGUAUUCUCAACUUCAAGGGCUCAAUCAAAGGGAGAAGAGUGAUCAACCGGGACAGGGUGUCCGGAGCAAAACUACUGCACAAUGACUACUUUGCUCCCACACCUGCUUUCCCGGAUGAUCCAUGGUUUCAUUGCCGUUUUCGCAUGCGAAAACUAUUGUUUUUGCGCAUUGUGGAGGGAUUGGAGGCACACGACGACUACUUCAAGCUGAGAAGGGAUUGCUGCGGCCAACUCUCUUUCUCAGCCAAGCAGAAGUGCAUGGCUUCUCUGAGGAUGCUUGCACUUGGUACUGCUGCAGACGCCGUUGGUGAGAUGGUUAGGAUGGGGGAGAGCACGUGCCUCAAGACUACUGUCAAUUUUGCUCGCGCCGUGGUUGAGUUAUUUGGGCCGGAGUAUCUCAGAGAACCAAAUGCGCAGGACACAGAGAAGUUGUUGGCUAUUGGAGAGGCAAGGGGGUUUCUAGGAAUGCUGGGAUCAAUUGAUUGCAUGCAUUGGCAAUGGAAAAACUGCCCCAAAGGUCUGCGGGGAAUGUAUCAAGGUCACACCAGAAAGGCCACCAUCAUACUAUAA